AUGAAAGUAGAGACACCACAAAUUAUAUGGCAUUCUAAAGAUAGCAAGUUUGCUGAUAGAGUCUAUUCAUUAGAUUUUCAACCUGGAUCAUCACGCUUAGCUACUGCAGGAGCAGAUGAGUUUAUUCAUAUAUGGGAAAUAAUAAGAGAUUCAGAAUGGAAAUUACGUAUUUUAUCACGUCUAAUUGGUCAUGAAAAAGAGGUUAAUUGUGUAAGAUUUAGUUCAAGUGGACAUUUUUUAGCAUCAGGUGGUCAGGAUGAUUCCUUAUUUAUAUGGAAACCCACAAAUGAGAAACCACAAAUGUUAUUUGGCCAUAAUAUUGAGGAUAUUAUAGGAUUUCCUGAGUAUUGGAAAAGAAUUACUUUAAUAAGAUGUAUGGCACCAGUUAUUUCCUUAAGUUGGUCCCCAGAUGAAUGCAAAAUUGCAGUUGGUACUGAGGAUAAUAGAGUUUCAAUUUGGGAUACCCAUACUGGUAAAAUUUUAAGACAAUUAGAUGGGCAUAACCAUAUUGUAAUGGGAAUUAGCUGGGAUCCAAAAGAUCAAUUUAUAGCAUCUCAAAGUUCUGACCAAACAGUAAGGUUAUGGAAAUGUAAAACUCCAAAAUUAAAAAGAAAGUCUCAAAAUCAAGUAGUUAUACCCUAUAAUGAAGAAUCUAAAGAGAAUAUAAUAGAAAAUAAGAAUAAAGAUAUAGAAUAUAAAGACGAAAUUUUAAAUAAUGAUAUUAAUAUGUCAUCAAAUUUACAAUCUUCCAAACUUUCGAAUAUUAAAACAUGGAAAUUAUUUCAAACAAUAAAAUAUGAAUUUUCUGAAGUAUCUAAGGCAAAACAAGUAGAUACUGAAGAUAAUGCUAUAAUUAGUGAUGAUAUAUCAAUAGGCAAUAAUUCAAAAAUAAGUUCAUCAAAUAUCCGUCGUCGUUGCUUAUUCUUAGCUGAAUCAGCAACAACUACCUUCUUUAGAAGACUUGAUUGGUCUCCCAAUGGAGAUUUAUUAGCUGUUCCAACAGGGCAAUAUUCAAUAAAUGAAGCUUGUAAUAAUAAUUCAUUGUGUGUUCCAGUUUCAUAUAUAUUUAUACGUAGUGAAUAUUCAUAUCCAGCUGUUGUAUUACCAUCUCCAGAUGGACCAACAGCUGCUAUUCGCUUCAAUCCAGUUACAUUUGCUCCUUUACCAGAAUAUCCUGGUGACAUGGAUGAUAAAAAAUUCCAAUCUUGUUUUAUUACUAAAAGAAAAACUGCCCCUGAAAAUCCACAAAGUUGGUAUAUUUCAAAUAACCAAAAAUCAUCAGAUUUAAUAUCAAUAUCUAAUAAUCUAACUCCCCGAUAUAUAUUUGCUAUUGUAACAUUAGCAGGAACUAUAUAUAUAUAUGAUACACAACAUAUUCAUCCAUUAAUAGCAAUUAGAGGUUUACAUUUUCAAGGUAUGAAUGAUAUAUCAUGGAGUAGUGAUGGCCAUAGUCUUGCAGUAGCAUCCUCUGAUGGAUAUAUUACAAUUGUAUUUUUUGAAGAUGGUGAACUAGGUGAGGUCAUUUUGCCUAGUAAUAUCCCAAACAAUUCAAAUAUAGAGAAAUCUAUAAUAUAUUUAGGAUCUAAGUCUAUUAAUAAAAAUAAAGAAGAUAACUCUGAAGAUUUACAUUUUCAGAAUAGAUAUACAAAUGAAUCUGUAAAUGUUGAUGAUGGUAUAUAUAUGAAAUCUAAACGUAGAAUUGCACCUACUAUUUUGGCCUCAUAUGAUAAUGAGACUACUGAAUAG